AUGUCUAUGUCAAGUGCAUCAUACUUCACCUCUUUGUGUAAGGAGAUCAGGGAGAACAUAUUAGACUCUCUUGACCUCACGGAACUAUCACUCUUUGCGAGCGCAGCCCCUAUCCUUCACAUUGGAGUUGAUGAAUAUAUUCAGAGGCGAAGACUGAUAGUAUUUGCACGCUACAUGAAAAAUAUCCAACACUUCAUCAGGUUACUAAAAACCACAGGUGCUGUGGUAUCCGGCUCAUCGGCUUUGAACAUGGUUCAGGCCAAGCGGGGAGCUGUUGAAAUCAAUGAUUUGGAUGUGUACAUCACUCUGCCAUUUUUCCAGGAACUCGUCAGCUUCUUCAAGGAAACAGAGGGAUACAAGAUGGUACGGAAGUUUCGUCGUCCACAUCCUGGUCCGUACAACAACACGGACAUAGCUAAACUGUUCAGGCUUCACAAAAAUGAGCAACGAGUCGACAUCAUUGUCACCAGCUUACCAUCGGCAGUCGCACCCAUUUUCCAAUCCCACAGCACAGUCAUCAUGAAUUUCAUAUCAGCAGAAGCAGUUUUUUGUGCCUACCCUGGGUGGACGCUCAAUAUGGCCGGAUUAAUACAUCCAAGGAUGUACAAACAAAAUGCCACAAACCUCGAUACCGUCAAUGGUCUGGCCAAGUAUAUGAGAAGAGGGUUCAAUCUAUACUCAGAGAUUGAGGAGCUGGCACCGCAUGGUUCUCAAUGUGUACAGACAUAUCAUUGUCCACACAUGACACGGAGCACCAAUGAUGAGGGAAAAGCAGCUUGGGUGUUUGGUCAAACGGAAGAACACGCUGGCACUUCAUACAGCAUAGCCUAUGUUGGCAAUCAUGCUGUUGUUUGGUGUUUAGGAGGAGAUCAAUGCGCAAACGAGAAUGCAUCUGGCUCUCCGUCAUUCGUUUUUGCUACUUGA